AUGGCUGACGAAAAGCGCAAGGACGGCGCGCAGCUUGAGGGUGACAUCACCUUCAUCGCGACCCCUGCCGCGAAGCCCUCCACGUUCAGCACUGGCGAGGACUGCGGUGUCAAGACCACCAACUACCCCACCAUCAACAACCCUCCUCUGCCUGCCGAGGGCCCUGGCAAUGAAUCCUUCUCCAACUGGAUCCUCGGAGCUGUCCUCGCCGGUGUCCCUCUCUGGGUCACCCGCAUCUUCGGCGGCGGUCUCAAGACCUUCAUCUUCUUCUUCAUCCUCUUCGUCGUCCCCCUCCUGAUCGCCUUCUGGACCGUCUCCUCGAGGUUCUCUCCCCGCAUCAACGACAAGGCCAAGCUCCCCGGCCGCCCCGUCGAGCACUACCUCACCUUCAAGAACGAGGAGGACCGCAAGCAGUACAGCGGCCGCAACAAGAUCCCCAUUCAGAAUUUCGCUGAGCUCUACACCGAGGGCCUCGUCGACAUCAACGGCGACCUCCUCGACGCCCUCGAGUACCGCCACGACUGGUCCAACUUUGCCUUCACCUACUCCCUGUUCCGCUUCAUCUUCCUCGAGUUCGCUCCCGAUGUCAUCUUCCACUCCCGCCAGCAGGAUGAGGACCAGAUCAAGCCCACCUACGACAAGGGUAACGACCACUACUCCUACUUCCUCGGUCCCCGCAUGGUCUACACCAGUGGUCUCUUCUCCGACCUCAGCCGCGAGGAGACCCUCGAGGAGAUGCAGGACAACAAGAUGGCCGUCGUUUGCGAGAAGCUCGGCUUGAAGGAGGGCGAGACCAUGCUCGAUAUCGGCUGCGGAUGGGGCACCCUCGCCAAGUUCGCCAGUGUCAACUACGGAGCCAAGGUCACCGGUGCCACCAUCGCCAGCAACCAGGCCGCCUGGGGUAACGACGGCCUCCGCCGCGCCGGCAUCCCCGAGAGCCAGAGCCAGAUCCUCUGCAUGGACUACCGCGACAUCCCCACCAAGAAGUUCAACAAGAUCUCCCAGCUCGAGAUGGGCGAGCACGUCGGUAUCCGCAGACUCACCACCUUCUUCCGCCAGUGCUACGACAUGCUCGAGGACGACGGCGCCAUGUACGUCCAGCUCUCCGGUCUCCGCAAGGCCUGGCAGUACGAGGACUUCAUCUGGGGUCUCUACCUCAACAAGCACAUCUUCCCUGGCGCCGACGCCUCCACCCCGCUCGCCAACUACGUCGGCUGCCUCGAGAGCGCCGGCUGGGAGAUCAAGAGCAUCGACACCGUCGGCGUCCACUACUCUGGCACCCUCUGGCGCUGGUACCGCAACUGGCUCGGCAACUCCGAGACCGUCCACGCAAAGUACGGCCAGAAGUGGUACCGCAUCUGGGAGCUCUUCCUCGCCUGGUCCGUCAUCGCCUCCCGCCAGGGCAGCGCCACCUGCUUCCAGAUGGUCGUCGUCAAGAACCUCAACGCCACCCACCGCAUCGACGGCUUCUCUUCCCAGUUUGGCCUGUCUGGCGCCCUCGCCGCCGCCAAGGCUGCUGGCAAGGCUGUCUUCCCCCGGUCGACGUAA